AUGGCGAAGGAACCCCUUACGAAAGAGCAGGCCUUGGGCUAUGAUGCCGCAAUGGUCUUCUGGAGGGUUAUCACCCAGAUAUUCUUUCGCGAAGUUCGGCCUCGCGGUGCUUUCAAUAUCCCAAGGGACGGCCCUGUCAUAUUUGUUGGUGCACCACACAAUAACCAGUUUCUAGAUCCGGUACUCCUCAGUCUGGAGGUCUACAAGGAAACCAACCGUCAUGUGCAAUUUCUUACCGCAGCGAAAAGUAUGCAGAGAAAAUGGGUCGGUUUUUUCUCGAGAAUGAUGGAGAGUAUUCCUGUUUCCCGUGCAGCAGAUUCUGCUUCCCCGGGCACUGGACGUGUACUCCUAUCUUCUGAAGAUCCGUGCCUGAUCAUCGGUGAAGGCACUAAAUUCCUUAGUGAAUUUACUCCCCGCAUGCAAAUAUUGCUCCCUAAAUCUGUCAACUCUGCAAUUGCUGAAGUCAGUGAAGUCAUUUCCGACACACAACUACGCGUAAAAAAGGAGUUUGGUGGUGAAAGUGGCAAAGGCACAGCGCGAAUUCGGGAGAAGCUCGCCGAAUUACAAGGGGAAGGUAUCAUCGGCCUGGAAUACAAGAAAUUGCCGUUCGUAGACCAGCAGGACAUGUAUCGACACGUUUAUCAAUGUCUUCAAGGAGGUGGAAGCAUUGGUAUUUUCCCUGAAGGUGGCAGUCACGACCGCACCGACUUGCUCCCGCUCAAAGCUGGAGUUUCUAUCAUGGCUCUGGGAGCCAUGGCAAACGACCCAAAUGUCCAAGUUAAGAUUGUCCCUGUUGGCUUGUCAUAUUUCCAUGCCCAUCGAUUCCGGUCACGAGCUGUAGUGGAAUUUGGUUCGGCUUUAGAUGUUCCUACGGAAUAUGUGGAAAUGUUUAAGCAAGGCGGCACCCAGAAGAGGGAGGCCGUGUCAAAGUUCCUUGAUCUUAUCUACAACGGCCUGAAGACAGUCACUAUUAGGGCGCCAGAUUAUGACACACUAAUGCUCAUCCAGGCAGUUAGACGAUUGUACAAAACACCCGGUCAACAUCUGACUUUAGGACAAGUAGUAGAACUAAACCGGAGACUUCUGGAAGGUUAUGUACAUUUCAAAGAUGAACCUCGAGUACAGAAAUUGCGAGAAGACGUCUUGAAGUACAAUCGCCUGGUUCGCGAUCUCGGCCUUCGAGACCACCAGGUCCCUCGGGCGCAGAAAGCCAGCUGGAAGACCUUAGGGUUGCUUACAUACCGCUUUUGCCUUCUCCUCAUCUGGACUAUCCUUGCUCUUCCCGGGACGAUUUUGAAUGGCCCUAUCCUUAUUUUGGCGUCUAUUAUCUCACGUCGGAAAGCAAAAGAGGCCCUUGCUGGUUCUGUCGUCAAAAUUGCAGGUCGUGACGUGUUGGCCACAUGGAAAAUCCUGAUUGCCCUGGGGGUUACCCCCGUUUUGUAUGCUCUGUAUGCGCUCAUGGCUACAAUUAUUGCGAUCCGUGCCAAAGCACCGCUCAAGUGGAAAAUUUUGACUCCUGUCCUGGUCAUUGUUGCCCUUCCAUUCAUGAACUACGCCGCCUUAAAGUUCGGUGAAGCCGGCAUGGAUGUUCUCAAAUCACUACCUCCCCUUAUUGUCGCCCUGAUACCAGGGCAACAACGCUCACUGGAUAAAUUGAAAGCCAUGCGUAUAGACCUGUCAAAUAAAGUUGCCUCUCUUAUCAACGAUUUUGGACCCAAGUUGUAUGAUGACUUUGAUCAGGCACGCAUACUCGUCCCCUCGGCAGCAGCACCUCCAUCCACAGGCGUUCCGGGACUCUGGAGACGAAAGAGCAGCACUGGUGCAGUUGAUGCUCAAGGUCUCGGUCUCACACACCCUAUGACUUGGAUCGAUGAACGCCUCUUCGGUUGGAGUCGGAGCGCGAGACGCGGAACUAGCGCCUGGGGAGGACAUGUGGACGAUCUCAGCAGAAUCAACACACCUGAUGAUUCAGACGAAGAAGAUACUGGCGAUUAUGACAAUGUCGUGGGUGUACUGGGGACAGAUGACCAACAUUUGGCAGCUGUGUACAAGUCACGCAGUCGACAAAGCUCAUUCGCUGAUCUUCAACGGCUGAGAAUGGCACCAAUGACGGCGCAAAAACCAACCCAAAGGGCAGGAGAUGAAGAUCCUGAGGCAGCUUCUCGACUAACACAUCGCACGAGAAGAGCAUCCCUCUCAGAUGGUGUUGCUGUGACCCGUAUUGCCGCGGUUGUCCGCAAAGAGCCGUUUGAGGAGGCUACACAAGAUUUGAAUGCGGAGAUUUCUCAUUCGAAAGAGAAUUAG